AUGCAGUCUGUGGGAUUGUUUUUCAAGUUCUCAGCAAAGAGACAACAGAGACUAGAAAGAUCAAUUGAAAAUUAUUGCGCUGAAGACCCUGGUCGCAAUAAGCAGUUGAUGAAGAUGAAACUUAAGCCACUAUGCGAGACGCGAUGGGUUGAAUGCCAUACCUCAUUUGAUGAUUUAGAGACCUUGUAUGAACCGUUGUUGGACUGCCUGGACAAUAUUGUGACUAACAAUGACGCUAGAUGGGAUCCGAAGACGGUGACAGAGGCUAAUGGCCUACAAGGCCAGCUGCGAAACGCAAAGUCCAUUGUGCCGUUCACAACUUGCCACUACAUUUUUGGUUUCACAAAAGGCCUGUCAAGACAGCUCCAAGGGAUGGCUUUGGAUAUCAUCACAGCCUACGACAAAGUCAGUCUUGUAAAAGAUGAGAUGAUGGCCAUCAGAGAUGACUCUGAACAUAAGUUUGCAAGGCUGUUCGCCUCGUGCUCCAAGAUGGCGAAAAUAGGUGGCUUACCCCUGGCCUUACCACGUAUUGUCGGACGCCAAACGCUUCGUGCAAAUGUUGAGGCUGAGAACCCCGAGGAGUAUUAUCGCCGCUGCAUCUUCCUGCCAUUCAUCGACCACCUGAUUUUCCAACUGAAUGACAGAUUUUGUGGGAGAUCAAAUGCUGCGAUAAAGGCCCUGCUUCUCAUACCUACCAAUCUCGCUAAGCUAGAUGCAGAAAAAGAGGACACCAUCGGCUCUUGCUAUGAAGAUGACCUGCCCUGCCGUAGCAACUUGAAACAGGAACUCCGGCUUUGGAGACGUUACUGGUCUUCUGACGAUGCUCAACUGCCGACUACCCCAUCAGAAACCCUCACAACCCUCAAAGCCAAAUGCGUUGAGAAACUAUUUCCGCACAUAGUGACAAUAUUCCGUAUAAUUCUGACAUUUUCAGCAACAAGUGCUAGUGUAGAGCGCACAAAUUCGGCCCUGAGUUUUGUCAAAAAUACCUACCGGUCGACGAUGGGUGAGGAUAGAUUCAACGCCCUUGUCCUUCUCUUUGUACACAGGGAUAUCCCACUGGAUUAUGGGGAAAUAAUUAACAUGUACGCUAGUAGGCACCCCAGACGGAUGCUGUUCGCAAACCCCCUUGUAUAG